CCGCUUAUACGGUUCCACGCAAAACGGUUUGUGCUAUUUCCCUGGGACGAUCCGCCAUCUCCCAUAAAACGCCGCCAUCACACAACAAACGCCAGCUGGCUCGGUUGGCUAGAGUAACGGCGUGGAAGCUGAUGUGAUCUCGGCACCCUAAAAUGUGUCAACACUGGGCCGAGCGAGUAUAAGAUGUCUACACCGAUUAAACGGAAAAUAACUCUAGAACUCGCCAGCAAAAAGUCCACCCUAAUUAAGGAUCGCCCUAGCGUCUUCCAGCGCCUCGGUACGAAGAAAAUCAUUCGUCCCGGUUCAACACAACAGCAGCAGCAGCAGCAGCAACAUCAGUACAUCUCCCAGGAAGGCGCCAUUACCGUCGCAGAGAGUAAGGAGGAAAUCGUGAAACGAAUCGUAUCGGCAGCGGAGGAACCGAAACCGUCCACUAGCGGAAACCCGGUGCUAGAGAGUGUCGCGGCCCACGCACGCUUGAUACAGGCGCAACUAGCGGCCAAGCAGCUGCAGGUCAACAAGUCGCUCGGCGCCACCGGCAGCAGCGGUAACGAGGAAGCCAUCGCUAGCGCGACAGGCCACACUAGCAGCGUCGGUGCCACGGAGCAGCGGUGUGCCGGGGAGGUUGGGAUUGGGGCGGCAGUGGCUAAGGACAGGCACUACGAGCACGCGGAGGGUGCUGGCGACAGUACGCCCAGAAGCGGAGACUACUAUCACUCGCAGGUGAAAGUUGCCCACAGUCACCAUCAGCACCACCACCACCACCACCACCAUCAUCAUCAGCAACAGCAGCAGCAGGGGCAUUCUUAUCAGAAGUAUCAUCAACAUCAGCACCACCGCCACCCAGAGGAGGAGCAGCAGCACCAACAGCAUCAGCGACUGUCCCGGGACAGGGUGCACAGUCUCAGCAGUGACCGGAGCAGUAUCGGCGAGCCGGAGGCCGAAGUACGCGUUAGUCGCCGGGCGCGCGGUGCCACCGGUUGGGACGAGUCGUCCCUGGAGAAUGCUGAUCAGGACAUACUAGAGCGCAAGCGUAAAGAACUGCAGCACGAGCUGAAGCUGGAGAUGGACUCGAGCUCGAGCAAGAAACAGAAGGACGGGCGGGGCGGCGGCGGCGAAUUGAGCAAAAAGUUGAAGAAGAUGAGCGGCGGCGGAAGUGGUGGUGUCAGCUCGCAUCAUCGUUCACAGCACCACCAGCCGCAGCAGCACUCGUCGCACCAUCAGCACUCGCUGCAGCAGCAGCAGCAACGCGGCGACAUCGGACACGGGCACGGGCACGGGGGGCACGGCCAUGGGCAGAUGCAGCUGCCGCAGCACCACACGUCGUCGAGCACCACCGAGAGCACCAGCAGCUCGGGAUCGGAAUCGUCCGAGUCGGAUACCUCCAGCUCGACCAGCUCAUCGUCGCACGACUCCAACCAUCGGCGGCUGAAGAAGCGUGGCCACGCCGUGUCGGGGCGCGCCCGCCGGGGUGACUCCAGCUCGAGCUCGGGCACGGUGGUGGCCACCGCGACCGUCGGCACCGUCUCGUCGGCCGGCUCGUCGGGCAAGCUGUCCAAAAAGCACGCCAAAAAGUUGGCGGCAGCGGCAGCGGCGGCGGCGGCGAGCCAAGAACAAUCCGAACGGAGCAAGCGCAUGGCGAAGGCGAAGGGUGGAGGUGGUGGUAGCGGUAACGGUAGUGGCUCCCUGCUCACCAAGACCAUCCGCGUCAAGCGGCUGCACCCGGGAAGCCCCAACGGGGGCAGUGGCGGAAGCGGCAGCACGCACCACGUGUCGCGCAAAGUGUCCCGCGAGCUGUCGUCGAGCAGCUCCUUGAAGUACACCAUCGCCAAGGCCAAGCUGCACAGCUCCUCGUCGUCGUCCAGUGCAAAGAAGGAGAAAAUUUCGGCCCUCGUCGCGCGGGAACGGGUGCGCGUGAAGGAGCGCGAGCUGGCACUGCGCGAGAAGGAACGGGAGCUGGUACUGCGCGAGAAGGAACGGGAGCGCGAGAAGGAGCGGCUGCGUUUGCGCGAACGCGAGGUACGCGAGCGGCUGGGCAAGAUGCGUCCCGCGUCGCCUCCGCGCAUGAGGGCGGUCGCAGUGUCGCCGGUUUCGUCGCGCGGCGGUGGAUCGCUGCAGGGCAAGGGCAAGAAAAGCCCCGAGCGACGGCUCUCGUCGCCCCUCUCGUCGUCACGCUACCGGGAGAUGGUGCCGAUGCGUCGCGAACGCACACCGGAGCUCGCGCGAGAUGAACGCCGCCGCAGCCACGAAUCGCUAAAGGAGCGCGAGCGGCGCGUGCGGGAAGUGAUGCGCAGCAAGGAGCGUGACGACGUGCUGGUACGCUGCGGCGAUCGGCCUCGCGAACGCGACCGGCUGUCGGUCAAAGAGCAGCACCAGCAGCAGCAGCAACAGCAGCAGCAUCAACAUAUGCAUCCGCAUCCACGUAACCUGCGGCGAGACAACGACGGUGGGCUAGAAAAGCCGGACCGCCACCGACCGGUCGAACGUUUGCUUCCCAGGCCGGCGGAACGGGCCCGCGCACUGGCGGCGGCCCGUUCGCCCGGCAAAUCGGUCGACCGCGACCGAAGCCGAUCGCCCGGUUCGCCCGGCCGCCGCGGAGGGCUGCGUGACCGCGAGCGUUCGUACGAGCGGAGCGCCUACCUGCACGAGCUUCACGAGCGGCGGACGUCGAGCAGGUCGCGGGAGCGCGACUACGUAUCCGCGCACGGCCCACCGCCCUCGAUGAGAACGAGUCGUCGCGACAGCCCUCCACCGCACUACGACGUCCGGCACGGACCCGUCACGGGUCGCGAUUCGUCGGGAGGCGGCGGAAUGCGCAUGGACUACCGCGCCGAGCGGGACGAGCUGGCGUACGUGGACAGCCGUAUGGGUGGCCCGAUGGGUGGCAGUGGUCGCGGUGAGCGCGGGGUAGGUGGUGGCCGCGACGAGUACGGCGUGCGCGACUACCCGGAUGAUCCACCACCGAGACGCGAGCAGCAUCACGAACGCGGUGGUGGCGGAAGUUCCGGACGAUACGGCGAUCGCGGUGACAUGGGCCGCGGUGAGUGGAACGAGCGUGGAGGAGAUGCCCAUGGGCCAAUCGAUACCGACGGUCCUUACAUGGGUGGCGGCGGUGGCGGCGGCGGCAGAGGAGGGGAUCCGCGCGGCGCAUGGGAAGAUCGACCAUCGUGGAAGGACGGUCCCGGUGAGCCGUGGCACUCGGAGCGCGAAAUGCCCCCCGAACGUGGCAUGCAGGUCGAUUGGAAGUACAAGGAGCGCCAGUGGGAGCACGAGCACGGCGUCGAGCGUGGUGGACUUCCCACCGGUGGAGGUGGCGGUGCCGGAGGUGGUGGGCACGGGCAUGGCGGGCACGGUCUCGGUGGACACGGGGGCGGACCCCCCGGGCCAGCAUCCCGUCGUUCCUGGCAGCAAUCGAACAGCGGUGGAGGAGGAGGACCAGGUGGAGGGGGUUCGGGUGGCCCCGCAGGCGAUUGGCUGGGGCCGAAGGGUGAGCACGAGCGUGACUUUAUGCCGCACCAGCGACCCAACGAUCGGCCCAUGUUCCGACGCCAUCACCAUCAGGGUCCGUACCAUGGCCAUCCAAGAAAGCCACACCUUGGCGCCGGUGGAGGUGGUGGUGGUGGUGGCACUGGUGGCGGCGGUGGAAGCGGACUCGGUGGAAGUAAUGGCAACGCGCCGCCCGGGCACGGGGUUGGUGGACAGGGUGGCAUGAGCCGCUUCCAGCCGAACAACAAGUAUAGCCUCAACCGAACGCAAGCCAAUCUGCAAGCAGCCGAACGCAACGCACCCGGAGGGGUCGGAAGCGCUGGCGGGCUGGGUAACCAUGGGCCACAAUCCCACCGCCAGACCCCGCCGGUGUCGGGUGGGUCGAUCGGAAUGCAGCCACCAUCUGCUGCCGGUGGUCAUCAUCACGGUUCCCAUGGCCAUUCGCCUGCUCACAACUCCGGCGCAGGGAACCCCGGUAUGCAGCAACAGGGCGCGCGCCACGAGCCACAUCCACACAGCGACACGCACGGCCAUAGCCAGCAUCAUCACCAACAUCAACAGCAACAGCAGCAGCAACAGUUUGCCCCACACCAGCCGCAACCUUCUGGCACCGUUUCGGCCGCUCCGCCUCAACCCCAACAAACGCGAGACCGCGCCUACGACGAAGGCAUUCUGAAGCAACAGCAAUCACCGGCGACGGCGGUGGCGGCGGCAGCAGCAGGAACCGGCACCGACCAGACGACGGUGCAACGCCGCCCCACACCACUGGACGCUCCGGCGAGCCCCACGCCAGACACGGACGCUUCGUUUAACGCCACUCCAUCCAUCGGGAUCCCGCCAGUAUCGUCCCCAAGCACGCUGGUAGCCUCAUCGCCGCUGGCCAACGGCGCCGAUCCGGCUGCCGCUUCCCUCGGGCCGGUGACCUCGCUGAUCUCGAUGGACUCGAUGGAAGUCGACAAUCUCAGCGAGAUCAGCGACGAUGCGGACGAAAUUCUAAUGCGCGAAGAGGAACUUGGAACGAACCAACUGUGCGAGUCGUUAUCCACCGGAUCUAUCUCGCUGCUGGGCCAAGAGCCGGAACUGGACCAGAGUGCGACGGUGGUGGCGAGCGUUAGUUCUAUUUCGUCUCAACCGAGCGCUUACGGCCCUGAAGCGGAUGGCGGCAGCAGUGUUGCACCGGAGGCGGACGUUGGCGUCGGAGGAACGGUGCCGCCUGCAGCGGUGGCUCUCGCUACCGCGGGAUCAGGGGAGAUGACGGUAGGCACGGCGGCGGACGUACCCUCGGAAGGCUACGGCGAGGCGGAACAAACACAGGUCGGACGGGACGCGGGCAAGCUGCACGCCAACAAGGAGUUGAAGGAGGAGAUGGAUCUCGACUUCGAGGAGAUUUCCGACGGCGAGCUGGAGGCGGAAGAGAACCGCGGCAAGGCCGGGCUGGGUGACCCGCUCGGCGUGGACUGGGGCAGCCUGACGACGGAGGUACUCCAUCCGCUGAAGCAUCCGGGCCAUCGGCAGCACACGCACCAGUUCCCGGUGUCGGCCCGCAACCGCUGGAAGGCGCACCACAUUCUGCUCGACAUCGGCAUCUCGGUGCGCCUGGCCGGUGCCAGCUACGCCCACCGUGUGCUGACCGAGGCGAAGGAGCGGCUGCGCGAGGAGCUGGAGGAGUUCCACUCGGUGGCGGCUGCCGCGCGCACCGCACUGUACCACAGGGGAGCGACAGAGAAGCAUACGGCGCCGAAGGCAGAGUCAGACAGCCGGGAGGAUGGUACCGGUCGCGGAAAGACGGAGGAGGAGACCGACGCCGGCGGUUACGAGGCUGGUUCGUUGAACACCGGUGGACUGCUUAACGGUGGCGGUGCCGACGCUACGGGUGUCAAAAUGGAGCAACAUGCGGUGCGGAUCAAAACGGAAUCGCCGGAGCACACCGGGGAUGAGCCGGGACAGUCGCCACCGGAGUCGUUGCCGACGGAGUCGAAGGUGGAACCGCAGCAGCAGCAGAAUCAGCAGCAGCAAAACCCUACGCCGGACGCGGCUUCCAUCAGUUCGCUCGUGAGCAACAUCGAGCAGGACGUGGAAGAGAUGGAUCGCAUUCUGCACCCCGUCGCCGCCGUCCACGUGGCCAGGCGCGAGCGGGCCCGUCUGCGUCGGAACUUGAUCCUGGCGAGCGAGCCAGUCGCGGGCCAGCAACGCCAGUGCGGACGAGCCCUCAGCGCCCGAAAAGACCUGCAGAUCCGACGCCAGCUGUGCGGCUACCCGCCCAUCACGAUGGCCACGAUGACGGCGUGCGCGGCCGGAGCCGCCACCGGCUUCCUCCACCAGGAGCUGCUGGCCGAUGCGCCGCUUGGUCGCGGUGGUGGCACCGCCCGGCCCGAGCUCCGGGAGGAAAUCCGACAAAUGUAUCUAAAGAUGGUCGCCGAAGAGCGCCAGACACAGCAAUUACUCGGCAUCAGUGCCACGCUGCCCGCUAUACUCAACUAGACGGCGACUACCCACAGCACACCUGUUCUCAUUUUGCUUGCAGCGAAGCAAUUGAAGCUAUUGAAACGGUGUCUGUUUAGGACUAUUGCCUCUUCGAAAUUACCCUUUGAAAUAACCACAAACAGCUACGUUUAAGUGAAUUUAAAAAAAAGAAACGUAACGUAAAUCGACUGCCCCAUAGGCAUAGACAUAUUCAGCAUAAAUACGUGAAUAUUUCUAUACGAUAAGAAAAUUAGCAAUAAAUUGUUCUAAAUAGAAUUCGAAUAUUCUAAUUCAAUAAACGCUCCAAAU